AACGCACUUACGUCGAGGGCGAGAUGGUUCGCGACAUCGAGUGGAAGGCCGCAUGCGACAAUUGUUUCUGCGCGAUGGGCGCCAUACGAUGCGUUCCGCUUGCGUGCGCCCCACCUCUUCAAGGCUGCAGCCCGAUCGUUCGAGAAGGACAAUGCUGUCCAUCCACCUACAAUUGCAGCGGCAGCAUCGAAGUAAAGGCUACCCAAAACUACGCAUCCUACGCCUUCGUCAGCAAGGACUACGCUAAGUUUCGCAAGGAGACCAACUUUUUCCUAGGAUUACCAUAUCCAAAUCACAAGAAAAGACCCGCGAUUGAUCAAUCUACGAAUCCGUCCGUCGAAGGACGAGGUCACAGAGUGGUCGAGGAACGGAUUAGCACCAGUACGAUCGAUCUCGAGGAGGACUCAUCUGUCGCCACCUACUCGACCGCUUGGCCCUCGACCAUGGAGACCGACAUCAUGGACAAUGAAAUCUUGAUAGGGACGGUGGACUAUAAAUCGACCUUGGAAGUGACGACUACCGCAACUUUAACGAAUGAGUUAUCAAGUAACACUGAAUCGACAGCAUCAUUCGAGUCGACACCGGCAUCCAAAGACGCUGAUUCUGUCACUCGUGAUUCCUGCACGACGUGUUCAACGAACACGUUCACGGACUCCACAACGGAGGAUGCAUCUAGCACAGAUAGCUCGACAAUCUCGUUGUCGGAAUGGACGACGAUGCUUCCCGAAUUAACGCUCAAUAAUGGAAACGAUGAAAACGAAGAUACUGGCGGGGAUGAAAACAAAAACACAAGCGAAAAUGAGGAGCGGAACGAAGAUGAGGCUACGGAGAGAGAAACAAUGAUGGGAGAGAAAACAGAUAUAAUUGAGAAAAACAAAACUACGGUGCAUCCUUUCGUAGUUUCUACGGAUGCCGGGAAAACGCUUAUCCCCGAGAAAUUAUCCUUCGAGAACUCCACUCUCAUUAAGAGGACGAAGACCGGUGGCAAGAGACCCGUCACCAGUCCAUCGUCGACGAUCCUCAUGCCAGACGACAUCCUCGUGAUGAACGUGACAGUCAAGACGAAUGUCUCGGUGGGCCAUAUACAAGGUGUCACGAUAAAUCCAAUUAGGUCCAUUCCGCCUGACAUUGAGACUAUCUUGAAUAUUACUCAUCGAGAAAAAGGCGAAGAUUAUGACUACGACUAUAGUGAACGGCUUCUGCCACCGUCACUGCCGAACGUUAGGAUAAUACCCUUUGUGGCGGCAGACGCGUUGGUGAAAGGCAAGGAUGUACCUUCGUCUAAAACUGGAUAUUCUCUUGGUUCAGUUGUAGUACCUCCUAAGCUACGACCGACCGAUGCUUCCGGCUUUUAUGAUAUUGCAACCCAGGAGAAUCGAUUUAGCCCGCCCGUAGAGACCGAAGGUGGUUUUAUACCUAGAGAGCCGUCAUACUUCGAUGUUCCUUACCGCUCCACAGACUUAAAUCUUGAGAUUGGUACUGGAGUUACUGUAGUUCCACAAAUUACGAAUCCACAUAAAAAAAAUAAUGAUUUAUCGAACAAGUGCCAUUUUGAAGAUAUGGAAUACCGUCAUGGUGAAAUCUUGCCACGUGCCGCUUUUUGUAUAAUCUGUAUGUGUUAUUACGGAGAAAUCGUCUGUUCUUCGCAGAAGUGUCCGCCAUUGAAAAUUGGCUGUCGCAGAAUCAAUUCUGAGGAGAAGUGUUGCGGAAAAAUCGUUUGUGUCGAAGCCGACGAAUCGCCAACGGUGGUGCUUGACCGCGCUGAUGCCACGGCACCUUCUCAACGACAGCCAACGGUGUCCCCGGAUCCGUUUCGCGACGUCAUCAAGACCGAGCCAGCCCCCGACUUACCUUCUUUGAUUGAAGACAUGAUUCCAUAUCUGGUUGAACGCGGCAUCACGACGCCCAAACCGACGACAACCAUGACAGCUUCGAAGACUUCGGCUCAAGAUUUGGUGGGCAAUCAAUUACAACACCCUCCAAACUUUGACUUCAUGGAGGUACCGCUUAUACAACCGCCCUUCGAUUACGGAGAGGAAACUGUCGACUCCUCUUUUCUGGCGAAGAUGAAGUACGGAGCGAACCGUGAGACAUUUCCAACAGAUACUGUUUCGUUAACGUACGAUUUCAAGAAUCAGGUCCUAGAUCACAAACCCUUCGAAAAUCCCGAGGCAGACAUUUUCGAUUACGACAGAACAAUGUUGACCAAGUUAAAUAGCACGACCGAUGGUACGAAGUACGAUUUCCAUCGGAGCAAUACUACGGAGCAGAAGUUCGCGAUGGGAAACGUAUCCGAGACCAAGAAUCUCGAUAGAAACUUCACCAGCGAAGAGGACAAUCAUACUACGAGAUACGACAAUCGUACCGAGUCAGAUAAUUUCCCAAGUGAAGAUGGAAAGACCACCGAGAACGUCGAGGACGUCACCAUCUUUUCUUUGGACAAUGUUCUUAAGUUGCUAUUUUCCUCAAAUACAAGUUCCAGCAACAAGCUGACUGAAACCACAAAGACGCUGAAUGUUUCCUCCGUCAGCGGUGUACAAGAGGAUCAGGAGACUCUUGUCGUUUCAUCGACGAGUGCAGAAGGGUUAACCGAGGAAACAGAAACUGUCGAGACGUCCUCGAAGGUCCUCGACAACGAGAUACCAAUGUCCGUGGGCAGUUUGCUGAAGCUGGCGGGUUGCAAUAUAUAUGGUCGAAUGUAUCGCGUCGGCAGAAUUAUAACGGAGCUCUCAAGUCCCUGUGAGGAAUGCAAGUGCACGGAAAUUGGUGUCCGGUGCGAACAGUUGGAAUGUUAAUUUGAUUCAUCGUCAACAGUAAAUGUUUCGCGAACGUUUG